CAAUCUCUAACUCAUCGAUCUCAAGACAGCAACAAACAAAAAAAGUCAACGUACCAACUAUUAUUGUCUAAAUCUUUAAAACAUAAAUGGAAGGAAGCUUUGAAGGCAUGCUAAUGAAAGUGAGCAUUUUUGCUCUGAUUCAAGGGCUUGUGUAUCUCAUUCUCUCUAAAUCAUCGAGUGUUUUCUCUACGUCAAAGACGAUGAAGAGAGCUUACAGUUUCCGGUCAGCGAGAUCCAUCAGCAUCCGUAGGAUUCUGGCUGUUCUUCAAGACAUGCCUGCAGGCGGCGAGAUGUCUCCUUCUGCCAUGGGGCCUUCUCUUGCUUCUCCUUCAUCAUCACCAUCACCAUCGGACAUCUAAAUAUAUGAUUCAAUUGGUUUAGUGAAGCUAGUUUUUGCUUGUUAGAUAAUAUUCAAAUUCCUUUAUGUGUAAUUUCAUCGCCAAAUUGGUUAGUGAACUUACAUACUCUAUGAGUCUAUGUACUAUUUAGUUAUCUCUUUAUAAAUUCUUUUUGUUCAU